AUGGAGAAUGUCGCGGUAGGGAUCAUCGGCAUGGGCGACAUGGGCCGGCUGUAUGCCAGGAGAUUCAGCCAGGCCGGUUGGAGAGUCAAUGCUUGCGACCGACCAGACAAGUUCCAAACCCUCCAGAAGGAGUACGAGAAUGAGAAAGGAAUAAAUAUAUUGUCCAAUGGUCACCUCGUCUCCAGAGCUAGCGACUGGAUCAUAUACAGCGUGGAAGCCGAGCUCAUUGCCAAAAUUGUUGCCGAGUAUGGCCCGUCUACCAAAGUGGGCGCCAUCGUAGGUGGACAGACUUCUUGUAAAGCCCCCGAGCUGGCGGCGUUUGAGAAAUACCUGCCCAGUGAUGUUGAGAUCGUCUCUUGCCACUCUCUUCAUGGUCCUGCCGUAGACCCGACAGGCCAACCUCUCGUUGUCAUCCAACAUCGUGCAUCACAGCAGAGCGUGGACCUCUGUGUUCGGAUUCUGUCCUGUCUCAAUUCCAAGUUUGUCUUCCUCUCUGGGGAGAAGCACGACCGCAUCACGGCCGAUACACAGGCCGUCACCCACGCGGCAUUCCUCAGCAUGGGUACUGCCUGGGCGGCCAAUGAACAGUUCCCUUGGGAAAUCGACCGCUAUGUCGGCGGCAUCGAGAAUGUCAAGAUCAACAUCACGCUGCGGAUCUACGCUAACAAAUGGCACGUCUAUGCCGGUCUCGCAAUCCUGAAUCCGGCAGCAAGGGAGCAGAUCCGACAAUAUGCCCAGUCGGUGACGGAGCUAUACAAGCUGAUGUUGGGCGGCCAUCGUGAGGAGCUUACCCAGAGGAUCAAGACCGCGGGCGCAGCCGUCUUCUCGAGCGAGACUGUGGACCACAACCUGUUGCUCGGAGAUGAGAUACUGGACAAGUUUUCGCUCUCGAAGCGUCCCAAUGAACGAACACCAAACAAUCAUCUGAGCCUAUUGGGGAUUGUGGAUUGUUGGUGGAAGCUCGGGAUUGUGCCGUACGACCAUAUGAUUUGCUCCACACCUCUUUUCCGGAUAUGGCUGGGGGUGACUGAGUAUCUCUUUCGAAACGAUACCUUGCUGGACGAAGUCAUCAAUACGGCAAUUGAAAAUGACACUUUUCGCUCGGAUGACUUGGAAUUCACCUUUGCAGCCAGAGCCUGGUCGGAAUGUGUCUCCUUUGGCGAUUUCGAGGCGUAUCGGCACCGGUUUGAGAACAUCCAGCAGUACUUCGCCCCAAGAUUUCCGGAUGCAGUGCGGCUGGGCAACGAGAUGAUUAAAGAAAUCCUGAUGAAAACGAAGGGAUGA